AUGGCUUGUGGCAAUGCUAAUAAUUCUUCCACCACCAACCCUGGUGGUGCUGCCUCUUCCAGAUCUUCACCAUUGAUUGAAGAUUCCAGUAGUCCCUAUUUCCUUAGCAACAGUGACCACCCUGGCUUAGUUUUGGUUACUCAUACCCUUACUGGCCAAAAUUUCAACUCAUGGUCCCGUGCUAUGUUACUUGCCCUAACAACAAAGAACAAAUCCAUCUUUGUUAAUGGUUCUCUGAUUCGUCCUUCCCCAGAUCAACUUCUCUUUAAUGCUUGGAAUCGCUACAAUUCAAUGGUGAUUUCCUGGUUUCUAAAUUCUGUUUCCAAGGACAUCACUGACAGUUUAAUGUAUUUUGACAAUGCAUAUGAUACCUGGAACGACCUUCGUAAUAGAUUUCAUCAAUCUAACAGUCCUCGCAUUUUUAGCUCAAGUUGCAAAUAUCCUCUCUGCUACAGGGUGCUUUGA